AUGGAUGAUACGAGCCUUGAGGAUGUUGCACGACAACUGUCCGACCUUGAAGUGGCUCUCUUCCUGUCUCUCGCCGCCCAUGAACAUUGCUUGAUUGAGACCACGGGCAACUCUGUUCAUGAUCUUGGCAGAGAACUAGCGCUGAUUUGUUCGAGCACAUUUGAUCUCUCAUAUUCUAUUCUUGAUUGUGGCUCUGGAACCUCCAUCGAGGAUAUCCAUAAUGAGAUCCUCACUGCAGACGCCCGCAAAGCACUCGUCCGCCCGUCAUACUCUCGGGCGAAGACCGAGUCGUCCAGCAAUCUUUCGUCCUACAUUGGCGGACAUCGGGACCGCAGCAAGUCCCCGAUCCCGAGUAUGGUAGUUGACGAACCAAAUGUGGUCAACGUUAUCAUUGCCAAGGACUUGAACCUAACUAGCGAGGACCUUCAAGUCCAGUUAUUGCAGCUAAUGCGGACCCGGCAGUUGGUCACGGAAAUCGGUAUCCUCAAUGCGCCUCUGGAUUUCUUGCUUGUGCCCCUCGUGGCGCGAGACUCUGGCGAGCUACGUCCGCCAUUGAAGACACAUCUGCGUGAUCAGCUGUUUAUCUCACAUUUCCACGCCCCUGAAGAUGGAUUCGUCUAUCUUGAAGAAAACGACUGGCUUUCCGAUGGCCAACUUUCUGCGUCUUCGGUUAUCCAUACCCCAAAACCACUACAAAAGUCGAAUUCGAAUGUCAACCGCAUGGUGAUAGAAAAAUUCCGUGAAGCCAGCAACUCAAUUACUAUAAGUGCUGAAGUGGCUCGGUAUAUCCAAGACAUCGUUGUUUUCUUGCGUCUCAGUCGAGCAGUUGCUGGUGGAGUUUCAGCGAGGGCGAAUAACCACUUUUCCCAGCUUGCACAAUUUUUGGCACCGCUCCAUGGUAUCGAUUACCUCACACCUUCGAUUGUGGCAUUGGCUGCGAGGAAGGUAUUUCGCCAUCGCAUCGUCAUCGCCUCCCCUGAUGAUGAUCGAAGCCUCCAAUAUGGAAGCGACCUCGCCGCCGUUUCCCGUGUAUUAGCUGACGUGACACCGGACUCGGUUUUAGAUGGAGUCCUGGAGUUAGAACCACCAAUCUAA